AAAUUCCACACAGGCUACCAAUAUGGACGUCAAACCAAAACCAAGGGUGAUUAGAAAAAAAGUGACCAAAGAUUUGCCCCCUCCCGAAGUAAACGAAACUGACCUUGUGCCCUUGGAGGCCUUCACGGACAAAAAACCAAACUUUAGGGAACUGGUCAAGAAAAAUCUGGAUGACCUAAACCGUAUCAGUUUGAAGGAAAGGACUGAAGACUUUAUCAACGAAACUAGUUUUACUGCUAUUGCUAGAGUGGUGAAAGCCAACACUAUACUGAAGAAGAUUAUCUGGCUAAUUCUCGUGAUAGCCGCCAUGGCCUGGCUGGGUCUACAGUGCUACUGGCUGUUUGAUAAAUAUUUCAGCUACCCUGUGGAAGUCAAAGUCGAGUUAAAAUCGGCGGCUAAACUGGCUUUCCCCAGCGUGACCGUGUGUAACCGGAAUCCACUGAAGAAAUGUAAGCUCGGGGAAUCGGUGUUUGCGGGGCUGACGGACACGUUUAAUCUGAAAACAGACGACACACUCUACAACGAAGCCAUGGAUAAAUUGCGAGAUCGAACGGCUGACCAGGGCUCUCCCAGCACCGGACCCGACCAGGAACCUUACAACAUGACGGAACUAGCAGAAACGCUCGGAUUCAGUAUGUGGGACGGGCUAGACAACGCCUCAGUUGCGGACUCGUUUUACAAGACCAGCUCCUCGGAGAUGGACGCCAUGACACAAUACGCCUCCCUGGCGCUUCAAUAUGACGAUGACGCUAUAGAAGCAUACGGACAUCAAAAGACAGACAUGAUCACCAACUGUGUCUUCUCUGGGCACCAGUGCUCCCCUGCGAAUUUCACCUACCUGCAUAACAGUAAAUACGGCAACUGUUACACGUUCAACUCCAUUAAGGACCCCAAUCCUGCUCUCUAUACGUUCUAUGCGGGCCCGUUGAUGGGACUGACUCUUGAAUUCAACAUCCAACAAGCCGAGUACAUUUCCGCUCUUGCACCGGAUGCCGGAAUUCGUGUAUCAAUACACGAACGAGGGACGUACCCGUUUCCGGAAGAUGAUGGUUUCACAAUCGCACCUGGCUUCGCCUCUUCUGUCGCAUUAAAAAGGGUAUACGUAAGCCGCUUGGAGCCCAUACAUGGAAACUGUUCUAAAAAUCCAACCAUCGUAGACGAGUACAUGAAGAGAUAUGACUACAGCUACACUAAACGCACGUGCAUGAAGUCGUGUUACCAGCAUACACUGAUGACAGAUUGUAACUGCGCAUGCUCAAACUUCAUCGUUCCAAAGAACUAUACCAGUAUCUGUGAUUUCAACAAUGAAACCACAUCGAUCUGCGGCAUGAAAUCUAUCGCCACUUGGGACACAUGUGAUGAAAAAUGUCCGGACAACUGCCAAGAAAAUAAGUAUGAGACAACGGUUACUGCAUCUACCUGGCCAUCAAACGCCUACAAGAAUUACCUUGAGUCGCGGAUGAAAAUGACAACAAGCGAGUUCAUGGGAAGGGAGGAUUCAGACAAAAUAGGCAGUAAUUUGGUGAAACUCGAAAUCUAUUUCGCAGAAAUGAUGUAUGAAAGCAUCGAAUCGCAAAAGGGAUAUGAGUCUAUGAACCUGAUUUCGGACGUUGGGGGACAGUUAGGACUGUGGCUUGGGUUGUCUGCCAUCACUGUCGGUGAAAUCGUGGAGUUCGCCAUGUCGCUAUUCCGAUUAUGUACUGCGAAGUUCUUCUCAAAGAGACAUCGCACUGAGGACUCCACCCCAAUACAAACGUUCACGCCUGCGUCUUAACAUCACCAUUGUUCAUUAUUCUGUUAACUCAACAUGUUAUGUCUUGUUUUAUUGCAACAAAAGCAGAUUACGAUUUAAAUUCCAUAAUCCUGAAUUGAAGAUAUGUUAAAAUCAAAUUCUAAUUUUAGUUUCACAAUCCAGCGUCACAGGUAUAUCGUGAUGAUCUUUUGUUUGUUUUUUGGGGUUUUUUUUAAUUUUCAAAUAGAAUGUGGCUCGAUUUGAUGACUGUUUUAGUUGAAUUAAAUUUGCUUUUAAGAAGCGAGAGGAUGUGCCUGUUACACGUACAUGUAUGUAACGCAGUUACAGCAAACCAAUCCCAGUCACAUUGCAUUUGUGCAAAACACCUCAGGAUGCGGAUUAGUGCUUUUUUGUGUCCAUCUCCCGUUUUGAAAUUUGAAAUAACAAUUCUUUAUAAAAUCCGGAAUCAGAUUUGUUGCAAUAAAACAUGACGUUGUUUUGUGAUUGUUCUGCCUAUUACACACUGUUUUCGUCUAGACAUUUCACGACCUUCCCCUUCGUACCAUAUUGUUAGGAAAUCCAUCCACCUUUCAUGAUUCUGGACACUGUUUGUUACAUACAUAAAUGUUUUUUUAUCAAGGAUCAAUCGCUACUGUAAAUCUACAAGUAUUUGCUGCUGUAAAUCACCACGCUUUUACUGCUGUAAAUCCCCACGCUUUCGCUGAUGUACAUUAUCACGCUUUCGCUGCUUUAACGUUGAAUUUUCAAGCUUCGCUUUUCGUAUUACAACGAUGUAAAUUAUUCGAGAUUUUAUUUACUAUAAAAAGAAUUCAUCUAACUUUCGGUCAGACUGGCGUUCACAGGAAUACCAUGCUUAAGACACAAAGUUCCAGAAAAAAAAGAAGAAAUAUCCUAUUUUCUGCUUUGUCAAUUCACUUCCAUUUCAUCGUAAUAUAUAUGGAGAAUAUGUUCUUACACUGUUCAAUAACUGUACAUGUAUAGCGUUUUCUACAAAUAUUUUUGAAACGUCAUUUGUCUACACGUGACAUGUAAAAUUACUCGACAGAAUGUUACAGGAUAAUUUUGCUUUGUUUCUGUUGUUAUAUUGAUUAGUAUUGAAAUAUAUAUAUAUAUAUUGUAACCCAGUAAUUGCAGUUAAUUCAACUAAUUACUUGGCAAAUUGUUACACAAAUACCGUUAACCUCUCAGAAACUAGUUUAAAAUAUUGAUUGUUUUAUUUGUUUGUUAAUUUCGUGCGACGAAACCCCCUGUAUUGGUAUAAUAUAAUUCGAAUUCAUAGCCAAAGCGGAAAAGGGUGCACAACUCUGAAAAAUUUCCAUUCCACUGUUACACCACAUAUACUUACACUGCAGUUUUAGUGGUGACAACACUGCUACUUUUCGCGGUGUGGACAUACCCAAGAACUCAAAUCUCCAUCUCAGGAAGAAGAGGAAGUGAAAUUAAUUUUUUUUAAAAGGAUUGUAUACAAUAUUAAGACCCACUCAUUUCCCCCUAAAACCAUGAUAUUUUUACCCAUUCCAAAUUAACCAUUUAUAUUCAACGAACAGGGAUGAACUGGAAAGAAUGUUUUCAGCUACAUUUCUUUUGUUACAGGGCGUCCCAAAAAUAUUUGUAAAAUUAUUUUCACCACAUUUCUUUAUAUAGAGCACAUUUUGAUAUAGUUUUUUCCAAAACACCACUGUAAUGCUGAAUAAAGGAUUUCCAAAU